ACAAGGUGCAAGUCUGAGACCAUGAAGUAUUUAAAUGUUGCUGAGAAGAACGAUGCCGCUAAAAACAUUGCUGCACAUUUAUCUCGUGGCACAUCAAGGAGACGCGAGGGACUGUCUCAGUACAACAAAAUAUAUGAAUUUGAUGCCGAUGUAAUGGGACAAAAGGCUCAAAUGGUAAUGACUUCGGUGUCUGGCCACUUGCUUGCUCUAGAAUUUGUCGGAACUUACAAGCACUGGCAAUCUUGCAACCCGUUAUCAUUGUUUGAUGCUCCUGUUUUAAAAUAUUGUCCAGAGAAUUAUGAAAAAAUUAAGAAAACCUUAGAAAGGGAAGUGCGUAGUUGCCAAGGCCUGAUCAUAUGGACAGAUUGUGACAGAGAAGGUGAAAACAUAGGCUUUGAAAUUAUCCAAGUCUGCACAGCAGUGAAAAGUAAUCUUCAAGUAUACCGAGCUAAGUUCUCAGAGAUCACAGCUGUGUCUGUUUGGAGAGCGCUUGCAAAUCUGGAACAACCUAACAAAAAUAUCAGUGACGCUGUUGAUGUGAGACAGGAGUUAGAUUUGAGGAUAGGCGCUGCAUUCACGAGAUUCCAAACACUACGCCUACAAAAAGUAUUUCCCAGUAAGCUAGCAGACAGUCUAGUGAGCUAUGGUUCUUGCCAAUUCCCUACUUUGGGAUUUGUUGUGGAGAGGUAUAGAGCAGUUGAAAAUUUCGUCACCGAGGCCUUUUGGAAAAUAAAAGUGAAUCACACAAUUAAUGAUCUAAGCGUUGAUUUCGCAUGGGAACGCGUACGUCUGUUCGACCGCGAUGCUUGCCAAGUUCUACACGACGUUUGUCUUGAGAAUCCCAUAGCUAAAGUGCGUGAGGUUAAGACUAAACCCAAGUCUAAAUGGAGGCCAUUGCCUUUGGACACAGUUGAACUCGAAAAACUAGCAUCCAGGAAAUUAAAAAUAAACGCAAAAGAAACAAUGCGACUAGCUGAAAAACUAUACACCCAAGGUUUAAUCAGUUACCCUCGCACAGAGACCAAUGAGUAUCCGAAAGAGAUGAAUCUCGGCCAGUUAGUGGGGUUACAAACGGGAGAUCCUAAUUGGGGGGCCUUCGCACAGGGAAUAAUGGACAGCGGGGGCCCCACUCCGAGGCAGGGUAACAAAAGCGAUAAAGCCCACCCGCCCAUACAUCCUACUAAGUACACUAACGGUUUAUCUGGCAACGAACAGCGUAUUUACGAGUUCAUAGUUCGAUCGUUUCUCGCUUGCUGUUCGAAAGACGCGCAAGGACAAGAGACCACAAUAACCAUAGACGUUGCCAAUGAAAAGUUCGCCGCCAGCGGCCUUAUGAUCACGGCCAGGAAUUAUUUGGACGUGUACCCUUAUGAUAAAUGGUCUUCUAAGGAAAUUCAUGUUUAUCAGAACGGCCAAACAUUCCAGCCAACAAGCAUAGACUUAAUCGACGGCAGUACAUCACCCCCAAACCUCCUCACUGAAGCCGAUCUCAUCGCGCUUAUGGAGAAACAUGGCAUUGGGACCGAUGCAACACACGCCGAACAUAUUGAGACAAUAAAAAGUCGUUCGUACGUAGCUUUAGCGGACGCUAUUCACUUCGUACCGGGCUUACUAGGUAUGGGACUGGUGGAAGGCUACGACGCUAUGGGCCUGAAUAUAUCAAAGCCACACUUGAGAGCCGGUUUGGAAGCUGACUUAAAACUAAUUAGCGAAGGCCGAAAAAAUCCACAACAGGUUUUGGCUGAACAGGUAGCGAAGUACAAAGAGGUGUAUCUCACAGUAACAGCGGAAGCAAAUAAAAUAGACCUUGCUCUAGGAGAGAGGUUUAGCGAACGACCCAAUGAGUAUAUACCCACUACAGAGAACUUGCCUGCCAACUUGCCAUCGGUACUGAAAUGCCCGAAAUGUGGGUCUGAUAUGGUCGUGCGACAGAAAAAGAACUCUGACGAACUAUUUAUAAGCUGUAUUUCAUUUCCAAAUUGUAAAAACGCUGUGUGGUUCCCGACAGUAGUGAAGACAUUACAAGUUCUGCCUGACACGUGUCCGACCUGUGGUCCCAAUUACAAGAAAAUAAAAUUUGAAUGGAGGAACAACUCAAUAAAUCAUUUGUAUCCUCCUCCAUACAUCGGCUGCGUUGGCGGAUGCGAUACAUCAUUUUUAGAUCUAAUGAGAAUCAACUUAUCUAGCGUAAGACAUGUAGCAGACAGCAGAACUCAUAGGAACUCUAUCGAUAGACAAAACAGUAACACAAAUGUGAGAAAUACAGUUACAGUUAUGCCAUCAAGACAAACCCAGGAAAGACAAAAUCAACCAAGACAAAAUAGCGUGACUAAUAAUCAACCGAGACACAAUACCACGACUAAUAAUAAUCAUCAAGGUCAACAGUCAAGGCCAUGUAUGCCUCCGCCGCCAGCGAAUAUAAACCAAAAUACGAAUAAUCAAAGGAUGCCAAUGCCGAGAGGCGAAGGGGGGGAUGCCGAUGACAAUAAUGUUAUGUGUGGUUGCAAUAAGCCAGCUGUUUUACUGACUGUUAGGAAGCAAACCGCUAAUUUUGGUAAAAAAUUCUACAAAUGUCAAACUGGCAAAGAAAAUGGCGGUUGUGACUUCUUUCUUUGGGCUCCCGAAUAUGCAGAUACUGGCCAAAAUAAUUACGAGACUCCACCUAAUUCGAAUUCUUGGGGCAACGCUCCAAGUUCUUGGGGACAAAGUUCUAGUAAUUCGAGUACAAGAGGAUGGGGUAUAACACCAAGUUCUUCCAGAGAUGAUAACUCGGCUAAUGAUGAUGGAGCAACAUGUAACUGCGGACUUCCUUGUAAAAAGAUAACUGUACACAAGGAAGGACCCAAUAAAGGACGGCCAUUCUAUGGAUGUUCUAAGGAUAUGUCUUCGCGUUGUAAUUUCUUUCAAUGGGCUGAUGAUCAAGGAUCAAGCACUUCUACAGGGUGGGGCGCUAGUGGCAGUACCACAAGAGGUCGCGGCCGCGGCAGAGGAAGAGGGGGAUCUCAGCGGGGUGCAAACUCAUCUCGGAGCGGAGCGGGGGACGGGCCUAGAACAAGGAAAUGUGGACAUUGCCGACAAGAAGGACAUACCAGAGCCAAUUGCCCUAAUCGAUUAGGAGACUGAAUUGUGCAUUUUAAUAAGCUGUGAUUAAUUAUAUACUCUUUGAAGACAGUAUUGUCCGAUAGAGAACGACAAAUCUACGUGAAAGAACGAUAUUGUAGCCAUAUUUUACAAAUAUUUGCUGCUUAAGAAGCGUCACAAAUGCAAAUACGUUUGUUAGUGUGAUAUUGG